AUGUAUAUAGUUUUACCUGAUCAAAGAGAUGGGCUUGGUGGACUUAUAGAAAAGUUGAGUUCUAAUUUUGCUGGUUUUAUGGAUCAGCAUAUCUCGGUCAAUCAUCCAUAUGUUCCAAUUGGACAAUUCAAGAUUCCGAAGUUCAGUAUCCAUUUUGAUUUUGAAGUAUCACGAGUACUCAAGGAGUUUGGUGUAGUUAUGCCUUUUGAUGAAUCCAAAGCACAGCUGACUGAGAUGGUAAAUAUUGAUGAUCCUAGUAAUGAACACAAGCUACAUGUUUCAAAUGUUUUUCACAAGUUUUUUGUUGAAAUUGAUGAAAAAGGAACUAAAGCUGCUGCUUCAACUGGGAUUCAGCUAGCAACCAUAGCUGCCAUACGUCCUCCUCCUCAUGUUGAUUUUAUUGCAGAUCAUCCUUUCAUGUUCAUAAUCAAAGAGCAGCCAAGACCGUGGAUUUCAAAACGUAUAGGUAGUACAGAGAAUACCGGUGUUCUAAGAAUCAUCGUUGGACGUGCUAACACACAACUUUCUACUGUUGAGGGCAUGAGGGUAUCAUUCACUCGUCACUCUCAAACUAAUACUACGUGCCGAUCAACAACAACAACAAAAAUUGCUCGUUGCCCUUCCAGCUUCAAGGUACUUCGACUCUUGUACCAAUCAAGAACACGAGUAAGUGAUCGAUAUUUUUCUAUGUAUAUGGUUUUACCUGAGAAAAGAGAUGGGCUUGGUGAACUAAUAGAAAAUGUGAGUUCUGAUUCAGCUGGUUUUCUGGAUGAACAUAUCUUGGUCAAUCAUCCAUAUGUUCCAACUGGACAAUUCAAGAUUCCGAAGUUCAGUAUCCAUUUUGAUUUUGAAGUAUCACGAGUGCUCAAGGAGUUUGGUGUAGUUAUGCCUUUUGAUGAAUCCAAGCACAGCUGA